AUGACUGAUUUAUUAGAUCAGGUCUCCGGCAAAGUGGCUAAGGCUGCCUAUUUCAUUGAUGUAGUGUUGUGUUCAUGGAUCCACAACCCAUUUGUCUUAUCAGCGCUUGUGCUCACAGGGUCGAUGCUACUCCUGGCGAUGCUGUUCACGGUCCCCAUGCCAGAUACGUUUGCGAAUGUGGAGUUUAAUGACUACUUGCUAGACUUUUUGCACAAUGCAAUCAACCUCAUAUUUAUUGUCCGCUUCCCAGCGUCGUCAUCCAGGGGCUUGACCAUUUUGUCUUCCACCUUGGCGGAGCUGCUCUUGCUUGCCAUCCAAAAUGUGGGAUGUGCUGUGCUACUCUUUUCGUCAGAAUAUUCGCUUUUGUAUUCCAACAUGCAUCCCAUCCUUAGAAUGUUCAUGUUGUGGCAAAUUGUGUGUCCUUACUUGAUUUUCUUAUUACAUCUAUUAGAAAAUUGGUGGAGGGCCAGAAAUCCUGUUUCCACUUCGGAAAAGCGAACUAUACUGGCUCCAAAGUUGCUGACGGGGUCGCUCCUAGUGGAUACAAACAACAACUUCUUGCCUGUUUUCAUGGCGCAUUCGUUCGCCUCUAUUAACUUUAAUUACCCCUUGGCAGGCGCAUACUGGGUAGUUUUGGUAUACAAAUUGGCAUGUUUCUCAUUCAAGUUCUACUUGAUCAACAGAUAUGUGCUUUAUGAGUUAGUGAUGGUGAUUAGUGACGUCUCUGACUUGAACAGCUACGCAGAGCUCUACACUCCCGUGCUGAUAGGUGGGAAGAAAAAGAGUGUAUUGUCAUUGUUUUCUCGCCACGCCACACUGUUUCUCAUAGCAUUCUGUGUGGUUCUCAUGGGAAUUGAUGGUGGCUUCAUGGCUAUCGCAUUUAUGAAGUAA